CCGCCCCGACCGCGGCGCCGCGCUGCGCUCCGCACGGCCCCGCCUGCGUGGCGCUGUCGCAAAGCGCUGGGCACUGGCAGGAGCGAUGGCAGUGGCUCGGGUGCUGCGGGGGGGCUGUUACUGUCCUUGCCGCCUCCUCUCCUCAGCUAGCAGCGGCCGCCCCGCGGCUGAGCGCCGGGAGCGGCAGGACAACCCGGGCCUGCGUUUCAGUCCCCCCGCACACUCCCGCCGUGACUGGAUCGGCCCCCCCGACAAGCACUCUAACCUGCGGCCUGUCAUCUUCUACGUGCCCCCCGAGGAGUCGCCCCUGGAGCGGCGGCUGCGUGAGGCGCGACAGGAGGCCCAGGCCUGCGACCAGCGCUUCUGGGCAGGGCACAACCGUGCCUUCAGCCGGGAAAAAGAAGAAUUUAUUUUUUCAAGACUGAAAGCCAAGGGUCUGGAAAUGAGAGAUGAAACAGGUCAAAAAGCAACACUGAAUGCAGAAGAAAUGGCUGACUUCUACAAGGACUUUCUAAGUAAAAACUUUAGAAAGCAUGUGCAAUAUAACAGGAGGUGGUGUGGAAGGAAACCUCAUCAUAAACCUAAGCAACAGCAUAAGAAGAUGGAAAGUACAAAAAUAUUUUUAAUAAGAGGAUUGUUUUCCAAGUAGCUUAUAACUAAUGAGGAAGCAAUUAAUUUUAUCUUAGAACUGAUCAUCAGAUGCCACUGUUGUAGUGACCUCAGGGUGAUGUUGCAUAUUCACAGUAAGAGUUCAGGCUUUGGGCCUAAACAUAACCUUCCUUCUUGCUGUCUGGUACAAUCAGGCCUCAUCAGCUGCAUCGUCGUAGUUUCUAUGUGUACAACCCUGAAAGCAGUGGAGCUUGAAUGCACUUUGAUUUUGAGGGGUCAGAUUUAUAAGAAUCUGUUCAUGCAUUCAGACAUAUGUUCUUUUGCAGUGUUGCCAGCUGGCCUGCAAACUUUGACUAUUGAGGUGUUGCAGCUUCUAAAAUUUAGUUAAAAGAAAGCAAUGGCUGCUCAUAGAUGCUAUGAAUACCUAGUUCACGAUACUUAGACUGGAAAUACAGUCUGGUUUAGGAGAAAAAAAACUUGAGGAGGAUAUAGGAAAUGAGACAUGAAGGGGAAAGAGAGACAGUUACCAUGUUAGCAUGACAUUUUGAUUUAACAUGACACUUGAGGGGGUAGCUCAGUGCUGCCUGUCAGUAUGAUUUUGGUUACUGUCUUUAUUGAGAGUUUAGUAUCUCAGAUUUAUGUUAGAUCUGUACAUAAAAGGUUUCCCACAGAUACCAAGAGAAGACCCAAAUCCCACCAUUUAAUACUUCCUGAUAAUUUUACAGUAAGUACAAUCUGUUGCUUCUUGUGCAGCAGUUUAAAAAAGUAGAGUGUUAUCCUUGUUAAAAUCUAGAAAGAAAUUAUGAUACUUCUUCAUAUUUUAUCAGCAGCAAGAAUUUGAAGCAAGUUAUCAGAGGUUAAAAAGAGCUGAUACUGACUAACUUAUCUGUAUCUUUGAGUUGCUUCCAGAAGCCAUGUGUACUUUGUGAGAUCUGUUUAAAGAUACAUAGACUAACUUUGGCAAUAUUAAAAGCAUAUCUUUAAAAGGUACUGAAUUGGAAACAAUAUUUCCUGUAAAGGUACUGCAUUAGGAACCUAAUGCUUCUUACAUUGGAUUAUACAAUUCAUCCUUGAAGUCUGCUUUUUAUUUAUUUUCUUCCCCCGACCCUUACAGGUGACCAACUGUAUAUUUUCCAACGCAUAUUCAUAUAUGCACAAACAAAUCUUAGCCCUAGUAUAGCACUGGCAGGAAAUUGGCCUGGGUAGCUUGAUGAUCAGCUUUACUUCUGAAACAUGAGAUAUGUUUACAAUUAUAUUAUCUUGCCUGAUUUAAAACGUAAUUGGUCAUAAAAGCACCCAUCCCUUAGCUUUUUUGCAUUUAAGCUCUCAAUGGUUACAGCCUCGUAGUCUGCAUGUAAUCUGUUCAUGGAUGCAGAGAAGGGUGAUGAAGAUGGUGAGGGGCCUGGAACACAGCCCUGUGAGGAGAGGCUGAGGGAGCUGAGGGUGUGCAGCCUAGAGAAGAGGAGGCUCAGGGGUGACCUCAUUGCUGUCUACAGCUACCCGAAGGGAGACUGUAGUCAGGUAGGGGUCAGUCUCUUCUCCCAGGCAACCAGCAACAGAACAAUGGGACACAGUCUCAAGUUUGUGGGGGGACAUAUAGGCUUGAUAUUAGGAGGAAGUUCUUCACAGAAGGAGUGAUUUGCCAUUGGAAUGAGCUGCCCAGGGAGGUGGUGGAGUGGCCAUCCCUGGAGGUGUUGAAGAAAAGCCUGGCUGAGGCACUUAGUGCCAUGGUCUAGUUGACUGGCUAGGGCUGGGUGCUAGGUUGGACUGGAUGAUCUUGGGAGGUUUCUUCCAACCUGUUUGAAUCUAUGAUUCUCUGAUAUUCACAUAAACCUCUUCAUAGAUUAUCUAAUUCUCAUUAGGCAGGAAAUGUUUUGCACUUGUCAAUGCCAAAGGAUAUCUUAAUAUAAUUGUGUAACUUUUCCUCUUUUCUCUUGUCAUGUAUGCUGAUGUUUUUCCUGGCUUU